AUGAGAAUAUUAACUUUAGUGUCAUUUUUCAUUUUCAUCCAUUUCGCCUACCAGGAGCCCAUUGAGCAAUUAGAACAGUUAUUGGUGUAUCCCACGGAACAAGCUAUGAAAAAAUCAAAACGCGAAACAUCUAAAACAAAACAAAAAGAAUUCAAUGAUUUCGUAGAGGACAAGCUCAUUAUGCAUACACAGGCUCUGGAACAUCUUGUUAAGUUGGCAGAAGCUAAUGAGGAAGUAACUAAACAGCUCGUGGAAAACCUAGGGCACAAGAUGGAAAGCCCAAAACUACCUGAGAAAAUUGAGUCUCGUCGUUCUGGAAGCGAAGUAACUGUUCCGGACGAAGAUCGGAAAGGCAAAGCUAGCCCGUGGUGUUCCGUGGCCAUUUUAUGUAAGAGGUCGAUGAAUCCUGUUUGCGGAUACGAUGAUAAUUUUGGUUAUGGGAAAUUUGACGACGUCUGUCACAUGCUGCAAGUCAAUUGUUAUUGGAAAUACAGUGCCAUAUCUAUUAUAUAUCUUGAUUUGAGCGGAACGUUUGCUGACAAAAGAUGCUACCAAGCAAAAAUAUGUAUUCAUGACGGUAAAGAGAAAUGUGGUCGGGAUGAGAAAGGAAAUGUAAGAAGAUUUCUGGAUUCCUGUGACAUCAAGGAGUAUAAUUGUUUGCAGAAAGCUGAAUACGUAAAAGUCGAUAAAAGUGAAUGCCACGAUUUACCAAAGAUUCCUGACAGUGACCCGAAAGGAAAAGCAAAAGAAACGAAACAGAAACAUUCAGAAGAAGUGAAGCAAAACGGUGAUGACGAAGAGCAGCAUCCACCUUUAGAAGACGAUCCAGAAAUUCGCGAGAAGUUCGCUCAGUAUCAUUGCUACAAACUGAAGAUCUGCACGCCAGGUGGUGGGUCCGUCUGCGGAUUUGAUGAUAAAGAAACUUAUCUCGCUGAAUUCGAGGACAUGUGCACUUUACAUAAAGUAAAUUGUCAGAAGCGUGGACGUUAG